AUGAAGGCUGUGUCGAGCGAUACGUUACCUAUAGUGACGACAGACCUGGCGAAUGGAAUGAUGCAACUCCCUACUGUUAAAGAAAGCCGAAAAAACCUAUUCUACUGUAAAUAUCAACUCUUCUGCCAAAAGCACAAUCUUCUUGACUUUCAACUGACCAAGCCCAGAAAGAGAGAAUCCAUCAAGCUUACACCGAUGAUUUCUCCAAGCAUGGGAACCCUUCGGCUGAUGCUCAUAUCGGCGUUCGUAGCGAUUCUCAGCGCUCAAACCCCGUCAGAGCUGCUCCGCGACGAAUGGCUCGAGUCGACCACAUGGAUUCUGGUUGUGGCGUUCGCUUUCGCCUUUAUGCUCGCCUUUGCGGUUGGCGCUAAUGAUGUGGCGAACUCCUUCGGAACAGCUGUCGGCUCUAAAGUGUUGACGAUGAAGCAGGCAUUCAUCUUGGCCUCGGUUUUUGAAACUGCUGGUGCGAUUUUGCUUGGGGGAAGCGUUGGUGCAACUAUCAGAAAAGGAAUUGUCUCUGAGGAUAGUUAUCUGGGCCCUGAAUACAACGAGUCAAACUUCAACCAAACCACCGGCGAUCUGGAGCACUACUAUGCGGAUAAAUAUUACAACGAAGAAAGGCGACAAAAUGUUACGCUUCUCAUGUACGGGCAGCUAUCCGCCAUGUUUGGAGCAGCUUCGUGGCAGAUUUUGGCGACUUUAGCAAAACUUCCUGUUUCCGGAACUCACUCAAUCGUCGGCGCGAUUGUCGGUUUUCAUGUCGCCUGCAAAGGCUGGGACGGAAUUGGCUGGCCAAAGCUGCUCAAAAUCGUCGCUUCCUGGUUCCUGAGUCCUGUUAUUGCCGGUCUAGCUUCUGUUACCAUGUUUUGGUUUCUCCAUCAACGCGUUUUGAUCCCAUCACAGCAAUAUUCGACGUCGGAAAACGAAAAGGGAGAAAAACUCGCGCUUCUGCUACUGCCACUGUUCUACUUCGCAACCAUGGCUAUCAACAUUUACGCUCUUGCACAUCACCAGGAAAAAUGCCCAAGUGGAUUCUUAUGCGCUGUGCCUUCCUAUGUCUCGCCGCUGAUCGCGAUUGUUUCCGGCCUGCUCGCCGCUGGAUUGAGUUAUAAAUUCCUGGUGCUCAAGUUCAAGAAUGAGUGGGCCGAAGAAAUGAAGAAAUAUGGCGACAAGAACCCGAAUGAGCAGAUUCAUCUCACUGUCAAGCAGAAUACGGAGGAAGAGACCGAGAAGAAUGGCAAUCAGAGCAGAAACAUCGUUGAUAAAAGGCUCUGCAUGCCAGAAAUGAACGUUACCCCUCAAGCUCCAUUGAUGACCGCCCGUUUGCUGAGUCAUAUCGAGAAGAACGAUUCCUUCGCGAGUAGCCGGGCUCUCCCCAGCGCAGCUUCGAUGGGGCGAAUCCGACUUACUUCCGGGGGCUCUUUCACUCUUCCUCCGACAAUAACGAGCAUCAAUGGACGUCUUAUGUCCGAGUCGGGGAUGGAUCAGGGCAUCGUCAUUAGCCCAAAAGAUGGAGAAGGGGAUGAAUAUGAAUUUACGGAAAAGGACCUGGACAAUGGAGUGUUUGACGAAAACGAGUUCGAUGGAGAUAUCAUCGUAGAAAAGACCUUCUCGGAGAAGCGGAUCGACAUUCUCUUUGAGAAAUUGCAAAUAAUGACUUCGUGUUUCGGCGCGUUUGCGCACGGCGGGAAUGAUGUUUCGAAUGCUAUUGGGCCGCUGGUGGCUGUAUUUAUUUAUAGAAUUAUUGGAGGACUGCAGAUUCCUGAAGAAGUUUUUGGAAUAGACCCAAAUAUUGGUGCUCCCUGGUAUUUGCUCGCUUUUGGUGGCCUUGGUAUCACAGCUGGUCUGUGGACAUGCGGCGCAAAGCUGAUUAAAGCGAUGGGAGAAGACAUAACGACAAUCACUCCUGUGAGGGGCUUCUGUAUCGAACUCAUGAGCGCGUUCACGGUCCUGGGCGCAUCGACCAUUGGAAUGCCUGUUUCCACGACACACUGCAAGGUCGGAUCUAUCGUGGCGAUCGGAAUCUACGGCCGCACAGGUGUCCCAGUGAAGCAAGUAAUCAACAUCGCGCUCGCCUGGGUCGUCACAGUUCCCACUUCUGCUCUGCUGUCCUUUAUCAUCAUGAAACUGUUGCUCUUUAUGAUUCCAAUCUGA